AUGACCUUGAAUCCCUAUGUGGGAAUAGGGGACCCAAAUAUCCACGUCACCAAAUUUCAUACCAUGAUGUUCUUGAACAAAGAAUUCGAUCCAAUCCUAUGUCGUACCUUCCCCACCUUCCUAGAUGGAGCUGCCCUGAUCUGGUUCUCCAACCACCCUGAGGGUUCCAUUUCCAACUUCGAUGAGCUGGCCAACCAGUUCGUCAACCAUUUUGCUGCAUCCAAGAUAUAUGUGCACAAUUUUGACUACUUGAGCACUAUAAAGAAAGGGCCGCACGAAAGCCUGAAGGACUACAUGACCAGAUUCGUUGAAGCAACUAAUGAAAUACCCAACUUAAACCCAGAAGUCUAUCUUCACGCCUUAAAAAGCGGCCUCCGCUCUAGAAAAUUCCAAGAUGCCAUAGUCAUCGCAAAACCAAAAAUCCUAGCUGAAUUCCAAGAAAAGGCAACAACCCAAAUCGAGAUUGAAGAACUCCAAGCACUUCGAAGGGCAGACAAAGCCAACUCAAAUAGAGAAGAGGAGAAGCGAAAUAAAUAUCCAAGCAACCAAAUAGAACAAAAGCAAUUCAAGCUCACGCCCAAGUUUGACAGCUAUACCCCUCUCAACACCAAGAGAGAUGAAAUCAUCAUAGACAUUCUACUUUUAAAACUCAUCAAACCCCCAAAUAGGGAAGGCACAUACCAAGACCAGCUAUACGUAGACAAAUCUAAGUAUUGCGCCUUCCAUCAGAAAUAUGGUCAUACCACAGAUGACUGUGUAAUAGCGAAAGAUCUCCUCGAAAAGUUAGCCCGCCAAGGCCUACUGGACAAAUAUAUCGACAGCCGAGGACGAAAGCGAAACACAGAAGACCUCGGCCAACAUCCCAAAACAACUGACAAUCCCCGGGAUAAAGGGUAA